AGACAUAUGGGUCCCGUUUCUCAUGACUCUCUCCACCACCUAAUCCUUUUCUUCCUCCCUCAAUUCUUGAAAACUCUCUCCAGAUUUCAAGAAAGCCCUUAAAAUCCUCCCUCUGUCUCUUUCUGUGUUGUUUGUUUUCUUGUUUCCUUAUCUCCUCUUUCUUUGUCUCCUUCUUAAUUUCCACUCCCAGGUGUUUCCAAGUCCUUAUCCUUGACUUCUAACAUACUCUAUCUAUCUCUUUUGUGUUUGGUUUUGGAUUCUUAGAGCUCUUUCUUGGUGAGUUUUUGUUGUGUGCUCUAAAAUGAUUACUGAGCUUGAUAUGGGGAAAGCUGAGAGCGAGCUAGAACUGGGUCUAGGGCUCAGCCUUGGCGGUGGAACGGCGGCCAAGAUUGUUAAACCAGGUGGUGGCGGCGCGUGGGGAGAGCGUGGGAGGCUUUUGACUGCAAAAGAUUUUCCUUCAGUUGGCUCUAAACGACCUGCUGACUCUGCUUCUCACGCUGGUGCAUCUCCUCCUCGUUCAAGUCAAGUUGUGGGAUGGCCACCUAUUGGAUCUCACAGGAUGAACAGUUUGGUUAAUAACCAAGCCACAAAGUCAGCUAGGGAAGAAGAAGAAGAAGAAGAGGAUGUUAAGAAGAAAGCCAAAGAUGAUGAGACUAAAGAUGUUGUUACAAAGAAAGUGAAUGGAAAAGUUCAAAUUGGGUUUAUCAAAGUGAACAUGGAUGGAGUUGCUAUAGGAAGGAAAGUUGAUUUGAAUGCACAUUCUUCUUACGAGAAUUUGGCGCAGACACUGGAAGACAUGUUCUUUCGCGCUAGUCCCGGUACUAUAGGGCUAACGGGUCAGUUCACCAAACCUUUGAGGCUUUUAGAUGGUUCUUCUGAGUUUGUACUUACUUAUGAAGAUAAGGAAGGAGAUUGGAUGCUUGUUGGUGAUGUCCCGUGGAGAAUGUUCAUCACCUCGGUGAAAAGGCUUAGGGUGAUGAAAACCUCUGAAGCUACUGGACUUGCUACAAGACAUCAAGAUCCGAAGGAGAGGCAAAGAAACAAACCUGUUUAGACUCUCCUUUUCCACAUUACGUUAUUACAGUUUUUUUUUUGUGGGGUUUUGCAAGUCUGAGUUACUUGUGAAGCAAGUAUAAGGAAGAAGCAGAAGCUAUAUCGUUCUUUUGCAGUUUAUGUAUGCUUCUUGGUUCUUGUAAUGUUUUUAUUUCUCUUUAGGGUUUUCUUUUUUGGUUGCUGUCUUUUGUUUUAUUGUUGCAGUUUCAUCAUAUACUAUGGAAGAGAAUGCUCUUUACUUCUUUUACUACACUGUAAAUAUUUGAAGCUUAUCUAAAAUCGUUUUAUGGGUUUUGUAACUAAA